AUGAGCAGCAGCAGCAGCAGCAGCAGCAGCAGCAGCAGCGGCAGCAGCAGCACGGGAGCAGCAGAAAACAUUACUGUCUCCAUUACUGUCCCUCCUUUUGUCGGAGCUGCUUCUUUAAUUUGUUCUUCUGGAGCCAUUCGCUACGUGCAUGCAAAAAGGGCAAGAAAACAAUUUAAUAAAUCUUUUUUUAUUUAUUUAUUUAUUUAUUUCAUUUUAAUUAAUUAUUUAUUUAUUUAUUUAUUUAUUUAUUUGAUUUUAAUUAAUUAA